CUCUCCCCCCCCCCUUACAACUUUCCAGAAGUUUCUCUCGCGGGGUUAUAUAGCCCCCUCCUCCGGGCCGCCGCGUUGCAGAAAGCGCAAAGAGAAGCCCGGCUUUACUUUCGCAGCCUGAUCGCCAUCUCCGAGAAUGAAAAAGCCAAACGUUGACCACACUAAGAGAAAGUUCCAAGGCUCAGCUGGGUCCCAGCGUCCAUGGCAGCCACCAUGUGGAUGAUCCGAUUCCUUGCGCUCUGCGCCCUUGUCCUUGCCGUUCCCCAGGAGGACAAGAAGAAGAGCGAGAAGAAGGCUUCCCCCGGAGAAAAGAAGCUGAGCGACAAGGCGGCCGCCCUGGCCGACCGCAGCGCCACCCUGGCCUUCAACCUCUACCACGCCAUGGCCAAGGAGAAGAACAUGGAGAACAUCUUGGUUUCUCCGGUGGUGGUGGCGUCUUCUCUCGGGCUGGUGUCCCUGGGAGGCAAGGCCGGCACGGCCUCGCAGGCCAAGGCGUUGCUGAGCGCCGACAAGCUGAACGACGACUACGUCCACAGCGGCCUCUCGGAGCUCCUGAGCGAGGUCAGCAACUCCACGGCCCGCAACGUCACCUGGAAGAUGGGCAGCCGCCUGUACGGCCCCAGCUCCAUCAGCUUCGCCGACGACUUCGUCAAGAGCAGCAAGAAGCACUACAACUACGAGCACUCCAAGAUCAACUUCCGCGACAAGCGCAGCGCCCUCAAGUCCAUCAACGAGUGGGCCGCCCAGACCACCGACGGCAAGCUGCCCGAGGUCACCAAGGAUGUGGAGAAGACGGACGGGGCCCUCAUCGUCAACGCCAUGUUCUUCAAACCUCACUGGGACGAGAGGUUCCAUCACAAGAUGGUGGACAAUCGUGGCUUUAUGGUGACGCGUUCCUACACCGUUGGCAUUCCCAUGAUGCACCGCACCGGGCUGUACAACUACUUCAAUGACGAGGCGGAGAACCUGCAGAUGGUGGAGAUGCCUCUUGCGCACAAGCUGUCUAGCAUGAUCUUCAUCAUGCCCCACCACGUGGAGCCGCUGGAGAGGCUGGAGAAGCUGCUGACCCGGGAGCAGCUGAAGGUCUGGCUGGGGAAGAUGAAGCAGCGAGCCGUCGCCAUCUCCCUGCCCAAGGUCAGCCUGGAAGUCAGCCACGAUCUGCACAAACACUUAGCUGAUCUUGGCCUAACAGAAGCCGUUGACAAAAACAAGGCCGACCUGUCCAAGAUUUCGGGCAAGAAGGACCUGUACCUCUCCAACGUCUUCCACGCUGCGGCCCUCGAGUGGGACACGGAAGGGAACCCCUUUGAAGGGGACAUCUACGCCCGGGAAGAGAUGAAAAACCCAAAGCUCUUCUACGCCGACCACCCGUUCGUUUUCCUGAUCAAAGACAAUAAAACCAACUCCAUCCUUUUCAUCGGCCGGCUAGUGAAACCCAAAGGAGACAAGAUGCGUGAUGAAUUGUAGUGUGUGAGCACAAACAUGCCAAUUGUGUUGGGUUGCAUUUUAUUUUAUU